CUGGUUUUUAGCUUGCUCCCCUCCUCUAAGAAUAACCACUUCCCAAAGAUAUACCCAUCUUUAAAAACCCACUUUUUGUGUCAAAUUCUUUGGUUUGAAUUCAAUCUCUGAAGAAUAACUUCCCCUCAACCCCACCCAAACAUGUAAACUCUUGGUCUUUUGUUUCAUUUUUUUUUUUUCAAGCUUAUCCAUGAGCUUUUUGGGGUUCCUAAUUGGAGAAGAGGAUUGAAUCCAACCCAGAUUUUUCUUCUUUUCUGAAUCCAUCUUAAGCUUGGAUAAUGGCUGUGGAGAAUAAAGUGACCAGAGUUGAGAACCAUGAAAACCCAGAAAGGGAUUCAAAUAUGGGUGAGAAUAGAAAUGAAUUUAGUUCAGAUGAACCAUCACCGAGAGGGGUGUUGGAGGUUCCAGUCCUAGGCGGGGACUCUGAUAACAGCAGCAGCAGCAGUAGUAGCGGUUCAUCUUCUCCUGGUAAACAGGCGAGUAAUAGAAUAGGAAUCAAGGAGAAUACUGGGUUGCAAUGGAAAAAUAUGAUUGAUACCAUUAAGAAGAAGUCUGUUAGGAGGUUCUCAGUCAUCCCCCUGCUAACCAGCUACGAGAUUUCGAGGAAGAACCUGAGGAGGAAAUUGGCUCGGUUUCAAGGUUCUGAAGAAGAGACUGAUUCUGAUGGCAUUCCCGUGCCCAAACCUUCAUGGAAGAAUUUCAGUUACUCUGAGCUCGCCACUGCUACAGAUAAUUUCAGCUCAGAGAACUUGCUUGGGAAGGGGGGUCACGCAGAAGUUUACAAAGGGUGCUUAUCUGAUGGUAAAGUUGUAGCAGUGAAGAAGCUCAUGAAGAAUGAGGUGGGAGAAGAGACUAGAAACAGUAAUUUCUUGUCAGAGCUUGGGAUUAUUGCUCAUAUAAAUCAUCGAAAUGCUGCUCGCUUAAUCGGGUUCAGCAUUGAUGGGGGUUUGCACCUUGUUCUCCAGUUCUCUCCACAUGGGAGCCUUUCUUCUCUGCUUUUCGGUUCAGAACAUUGUCUGGACUGGAAAACAAGAUUUAAGGUGGCUGUAGGCGUAGCAGAUGGAUUGCAAUAUCUUCAUCAUGAGUGCCAUAGGCGCAUUAUACACAGAGACAUCAAAGCCUCUAACAUAUUGCUCACUGAAGACUAUGAAGCUCAGAUUUCUGAUUUUGGACUGGCAAAGUGGCUUCCAGAAAAUUGGACUAACCAUGUUGUCCAUCCCAUUGAGGGUACAUUUGGGUAUUUGGCUCCAGAAUAUUUUAUGCAUGGCAUUGUCAAUGAGAAGACUGAUGUUUUUGCAUUUGGAGUCCUUUUACUGGAACUCAUCACUGGUCGUCGGGCAGUUGAUUCCUACAGACAAAGCCUUGUGAUAUGGGCAAAACCACUGCUGGAGUCAAAUAAUGUGAAGGAAUUGGUUGAUCCUAGGCUAGGAGAUGAAUAUGAUCCUACUGAACUUAAACGAGCUAUGUUGACAGCUUUAAUGUGCAUCAAUCACUUAGCAAGCAAGCGUCCCAACAUGCAACAGGUUGUCCAGCUGCUGAAAGGUGAGGAUGGGCCUCUAGAGUUGCAGCAAAAGUCAUGCACAGGGAGGGCAGUAAUCUUGGAUGGUUUAGACAUGCAAGAUUACACCUGCAGUUCCAGCUACCUCAAAGACCUCAACCGCCACAUGCAACUAGUUAUGGAGUAAUGUCCUGUUUACUCUCUGCUGCUGCUUCUUGUUAUUGUCUUUGCCAAAGUUUUUUUUUGAAAAAAAAAGACACCAAAAACACAAAAAGAAAAAGAGAAGGGUUGUGGCUCUGCAGUGUUUGUGAAAAAAUAGAUCGUGUAUAAAAUGGCUAGUCUUUUUCCCCCAAGUUUUCAGUAUCUUUGUUACUUUUGUUUUCUGUAAGGGUUUUUUUUUGUUAUGAAUCUAUGGAGAACAGCAAGCGACAAGGAAGGCUCUCACUCUUUCUCAGUCACUAAGAAAGUGCUAUUUUCUCUAGAAAAUGAAGGGAAUAGAACUUGAAUGUUUUUGGUCAUUGUAUGUGAUGAAGCUUACGUUAUCUAAAGGGAUAAAUGAGAAACAAGACA